AAAAAAAAAAAAAAAAUAGAGAGAGAAAAGUUCAAAACUUUCUUGACAAGUUGUUCAAAUGGGUGCGCCAAAGCAGAAGUGGACACCGGAGGAAGAAGCAGCCCUUAAAGCUGGUGUUCUUAAGCAUGGCACUGGCAAGUGGCGUACUAUUCUCUCCGAUCCUCACUUCAGCUCGGUUCUCAAGUCUCGCUCUAAUGUCGAUCUCAAGGACAAGUGGAGAAACAUAAGUGUGACUGCGUUGUGGGGUUCACGGAAGAAGGCUAAACUCGCUCUUAAAAGGGCUCUCCCUCCUCCUCCUCCUAAACAUGAUGAUGAUAACUACACUAGAGCUCUUAGCAUUGUGCCUUUGGCCAACGGCGGAGAACAGACAAAUCUGACAUCGCCACGAACUCAUGCUUCAAAGAAAUCAAUUACAAGUUUGGACAAGAUCAUCUUAGAGGCAAUUACCAACCUGAAGGAACCACGCGGUUCUGACAGAACAUCCAUCUUUAUCUAUAUAGAGGAGAAUUUCAAGACUCCGCCGAAUAUGAAAAGACACGUGGCUGUAAGAUUAAAGCAUCUAUCAUCAAAUGGACCAUUAGUCAAGAUAAAGCACAAGUACAGGUUCUCUACUAAUUUCACUAGCGCAGGAGCAAGACACAAGUCUCCUCAACUCUGUUUAGAAGGAAACAACAACUCACCAAGACCCAAGGAGAACGGCGCCAACAUUCUCACCAAGUCCAGAGCAGAGGGAGAGUUAUUCAUGAUAAAAGGCAUGACAGCGCAAGAAGCUGCAGAAACCGCUGCAAGAGCAGUUGCAGAGGCAGAGUUUGCAAUCACAGAGGCUGAAGAAGCAGCGAAAGAAGCAGACAAAGCCGAAGCCGAAGCUGAAGCUGCUCAAAUAUAUGCAAAGGCAGCCGUUAAAGCUUUGAAGUUCAGGAUCAGUAAUCAUACUUGGUAAAACAUAAAAGCAACCAUUAUGGGAAAGCUCUACAUAACAGAGCAAGCCCUUACAUAUAUAUAGUCAAAUCAUUAAUGGUUUCUUAUAUCAAAAGUUUAAAUCAUGUGAUUAUCUCAUCACCUGCAGAGAACUCAAAAGCUUUCAAUACCUAUGUGUACUCUCUCUUUUUGGUCAGUAGUAAAUCCGCAGUUUGAUCAUAUGUAUAUGUUCAUAACUCUUGAGAUUCUGUAAAAACCUGAGUCUUUAUUUUUCUGUUUGUAGAUUGAUCUGCU